AUGCCCUUCAAAACUCGCCUAUGCCAGACGUACUUCGGCCGACCACUGCGCGUCUUCCUCGCAACCGGCCAAUUCCUCGCCGCGGCCCACUUCUUCGUCACCUACUUCUACAGUUGGGGCUCCGCAUGCGGCCCAUCGAUGCUGCCCGGCUGGGAGGUCUGGGGUCAGGGUGCCAUAACCUCUCACCUCCACCGGCGGGGCAAGGACGUGAGGGUCGGUGACCUCGUCAAGUUCAAAAUUCCCAUCACACAGGGGGACGCUAUCAAGCGUGUGGCGGGGCUGCCUGGUGACUAUGUGCUUGUGCACAGUCCAGAGAGCGGGCGGGAUGAGAUGAUACAGAUUCCCAAGGGGCAUUGCUGGGUGUUAGGGGAUAAUCUGCCUGCAUCGAGAGACUCGAGGCUGUAUGGUCCUCUGCCUAUGGCGCUGAUCGAUGGCAAGGUGAUCUAUCAGACCGGAUCAUGGCCCUGGCAGUGGAGCCAGAUCAAAAAGAUUAGGAAUCCGUUGGACGAGGAGUAG